UUCUCAUCCGGGGACUUGUCCGCGGAUGGGGAAGAAGACACCCGCGAGGAGGCGCUGGCGGCAGCUCAGCAGCCUGGCGUCCCUGAUGGAAUCACCAAUAGGUACGCCACCGGCGCCGGUGACCCUCAGCAGCAGCAGCAGCAGCAGCAACAGGCGCCAACUGGCCCGAACGGGGUGCCAGCUGGGCCACAGCAGUCGUCGGCCAUCAGACCAGGCUACAACCGGGCUGAGUCAGCACAGCCCGAUUUGUCCCUCAAUUUGCGCCAGCAGCAGCAUAGCAAGACCAUCAGUGCCCCAACGUCGCCAUCUAGAACUGGUGGGCAGAGCUUUUUGCAAAAGAUGACCAAUUUGACCAGGGAUGUGGUUGGAAAAGUGGAUUCAGUUGCCAAAGGAGGUGCUCCUGGGUACAACAGAGACCGCUGCAAGAUCCUGCUGGUGAUUGAUGACCAAAACACUGAUUGGUCCAAGUACUUCAGAGGCAAAAGGCUUCCUGGAGACUAUGACAUCAGAGUGGAACAGACUGAAUUCAAGGACAUCUCUGUGAGCUCUACAUCUGAACUUGGCACCACUGUGUCCAUCACUGGCUUCAAGGCAGGCUCCAAAACUAUCACAACACCCAAGUUCCCAAUAGUACUGAAGAUAGGACAUGCUCAUGGAGGCCUGGGGAAGGUGAAGGUGGAAAACAUGUCAGAUUUCCAGGAUCUGACAAGUGUUGUAGCAGUGGCCAACACUUACUGCACAAUUGAGCCUUACAUUGAGUCACGCUAUGACAUCCACAUCCAAAAGAUUGGCACCAACUACAAGGCCUUCAUGAGGAAAUCCAUGUCUGGAAAUUGGAAGACCAACUUGGGAAGUUCCUUGCUGGAGCAGCAAGAGGUUCAGGACCGCUGGAGGAUGUGGGUUGAUGCAGUGUCCCAACUGUUUGGGGGACUUGACAUUUGUGCCAUUGAAGCAGUUGUUUCCAAGGAUGGAAAUGAGUACAUCAUUGAGGUG